GUAGGCUGUGCGUCGAAAUCCCCUCGGAGGCGAUCAGAACCACGGAGCUGCUGCUCGGAGUUUUAGUGACACCGAGGACGCGUCGGACUUUUUCUUUCCUCGCGCAGUCGACGCACAACAAAGAGGCUGAGGAUGACGAAGGGCGUCAAAGUCCUCUGCGGCGCGUCUCAAGACGGCGGCAUCAGUAGUUGAACCAAAUGACUCACUCCAAAGUACUUGAGGAGAACUUGUUUAAAGGAGGACUGACCCAAUUUCUCAGCUGCAAUCGCAUUCAGCCCCAAGUUUUCUCUCACACUUCAGCAGCCUAUGAAAAGAAAUAACGCGACGUGCGCGCAGCUGAUGCCUCCGAGAAACCACCCCUAUCCUCACAUGCCAGUCUGUCUGACUUGGGAACCUAUAUCAUUGCCAGACCGCAGACCAACAGAGGACGGGGGACUCCGAUGGAAAAACAUGCAGCACUUUGAACCCAUGGAGACAUGGCACAUAGGUUCCUCUCAUCGGCGAACAGAUUCAGCGCCAGGUUCGCCUUCAUAUUCACCGUGUCGCUGUCCUGCACCUAUUUGUGCUAUAGUAUCAUCUUCUGUCGCGGGACAAUCAUGACAAACCACGGUUAUGAGGGGAAGCGGUGCCCGCCGAGCAAGAACGCGGGGGGGAAGAAACUUCUUGGGAAAUUAGACAAUUGCGCUUCGGUGGAAGUCAGGUCCGCGCUGCACGGGUCCGUCGCCCAGAGAGGGUCGAGUGAUCUCCACGAACAAAGUAAAGCCACCGCCGCGCCUGGUGGUCACUGGGCUGACAUGAAGUUGAGGAACAUGAGUGUCGCGCAGAGGUAUGGGAAUAAGAAGCUGCCGAACGCGUUGAUAGUGGGUGUGAAGAAAGGGGGAACCAGGGCGGUGCUGGAGUUCAUCCGGAUACAUCCAGAUGUACGCGCGCUCGGAACUGAGCCGCACUUUUUCGACAGGAACUAUGACAGGGGGCUGGAUUGGUACAGGGGCCUAAUGCCACGAACACUAGACAGCCAGAUCACAUUAGAGAAGACUCCCAGCUACUUUGUCACCAGAGAGGCUCCCAGACGCAUCGCCGGCAUGUCCCACGAGACCAAGCUGAUCGUUGUCGUGCGCAACCCAGUCACAAGAGCCAUCUCCGACUACACGCAGACUCUCUCCAAGAAGCCCGACAUCCCCACGUUCGAGGAGCUGGCCUUCAAAAACCGAAGUUUGGGACUCGUCGACACCUCCUGGAACGCCAUCCGGAUCGGGAUGUACAUUCUGCACCUGGAGAACUGGCUGCAGUACUUCCGGCCGUCGCAGAUGCACUUUGUGAGCGGCGAGCGGCUGAUAACGGACCCGGCCGGGGAGAUGGGCCGCGUUCAGGACUUUCUGGGGCUGAAGCGAAUAAUCACGGACAAGCAUUUCUACUUCAAUCGAACCAAAGGCUUCCCCUGUCUGAAGAAGCCGGAGAGCAGCAGUCAGCCGCGGUGCCUCGGCAAAUCCAAGGGCAGGACUCACGUACAGAUCGACCGGGAGGUCAUCGAGCAGCUCCGGGAGUUUUAUAGGCCGUUUAAUAUCAAAUUCUAUGAAACCGUUGGACAGGACUUCAAGUGGGAUUGAAUGUACUGUACAGAGUGCUGUUUAAAAAUAGUUACCUCGGGAGACGUAAUGGCAUAUAAAUGAGUGUCUUUAACUUUAAAAUGUUUAUUGAGCUGUGUAUAUAUUGAAAAGACUAAUUAUAUGAAUGGGUUCAGAUCAUGCUGAAACCUGUGGCAGCAAAGAAAAGAAAGUGUUUUAUUGUCCUAUAUAUGAAAAUUUGUCUUCUGCAUUUUAGUCAUCCUUUCAUACACACACAUACACAAGAGGUAAUACGUGGGUAGGCGCCUUGCUCAAGGGCAGCUCAGUCAUGGAUGCAGCUGCUAAUUCACUCUAUACUCAUAAGUGUCGUUUAUUUUAUGGUACAGAAAUAUAAACUCGAUUUCCUUGUCAUAUACAUGCCAUUUGAAUUCAUCGACCAGUUUUAAUUCACGGAGACGCAACCAUCCCGGAGCCUCCCCGUCCUUUAACCCACGCCAGACAUACAGUAAUGACACCACUUGAAUAUUCAUUACAUAGAUUGCUUCUUUAUUCACCAUUUCCAGUGAAAUGUGAGCCACCGACUUAAAAUGAGCACUCAACGUGAAGCCGCAGCAAAAUGUCAAAUGAAUAAUAAAAUCAGCCUUGUCGAUUAGUCCGCAGUGAAACUUCGCUCUUUGUCUUCAACGGAAGCGGCGUCGACACGUAUACGAAAUAAAUGUGCUGUAAAUGGGGAUAAAAAAUAACGGCUUUCUUCAGGCAGGCAAGCGCUGUAACUCUGAUAAAGGUUUACAAUAUGUUGAACUCAGCUCGUUAUGUGUUAGUAUUUCUGUUGUUAUCACUGAAAUAAAGACAAAUUCAAGUA